UAGGCCAGGCCUGCAGGAUACAUGAGUAUGCUUAGUUUCUACAGGACAUUUGUUUUUCCAAACUCCUCCUCUUUCCAAAAUUUGGCAAGCGUAAGUCCUUUUCAACUCGGCAUGAACCCACAAGUGUGCUUGUGUGGCUCACAGGCUUCAGAUCAGGCCCCGCCCACACUUAGACAAGACUUGGCCCCGUCGCGCUGUUGGCUUUGGUUGGAGUGGCUUGUCUGAGCCACUAGCCCAGGGCCCACUCUGCCUCCUCCCCUAAAGGGAACCGACGGGCUGCGCAGGGCCAGAGCCGAGCACAAGGAAGAGAGUUUGGAGUGCCCAGGGGAGUUGGGCCGCAGGAGGAAAGGAACCAGAGGACAGGGACCUCCACUCCAAGUUUGUGUGGCCGCCGCCGCACCCGGGGGUCCUGCCCCGCAGCGCACUGCAGCAGCUGGACUUCAGCCCGCCGGAGGAAUGGGACUCUCGGUCCGGGUCCGAGGCGGGAGCUAGAGGCUCGGCUGGAGGCCGGGGAGGAACUUCUUUCUCGAGCUGUCGCCUUGGGCCCUCAUUGUCUGCGGGAACCCUCCGGAAUCCGGAGGGGAAGGACAGGAUUGCUCUUCCACUGGGAUUCGGCCAGAGUUCUGGCGGCAGCUGCAGCGGCGGGUGCAGAGUCUCCCUUUGUCCUCCUAGGACCUCCCUCCCAGCCCUUCUCCCUCCCUCUGUCAGUUAGUGGGUUCCGCUGCCCCAGGCGCCGGCGCCCUAACUGCUGGCUGCACCCCCCCCCCCCCCCGGGUCCCUGGUAACUCCUACCACUGUAGCGUCCCGGAGCCGAGCCGAGGGGACUGACUGCGAGCAGGACGGAGUCCCAGGGCCCUGGCCGCAGGAUGGUGGCGCGACUGUCCCCGGCCCGCAGUCCCGGGAGCUGGCUGGUCCCGGGGCUGUGGCUGCUGGCGCUCAGUUGUCCUGGGGGGCUGCUGAGCGCCCAGGAGCAGCCCUCCUGCAGAGGUGCCUUUGAUCUCUACUUUGUCUUGGACAAAUCUGGGAGUGUGGCAAAUAACUGGGUUGAAAUUUACAAUUUUGUCCAGCAACUUACAGAGCGAUUUGUGAGCCCUCAAAUGAGAUUAUCUUUCAUUGUGUUUUCUUCUCAAGCAACCAUUAUUUUGCCAUUAACUGGAGACAGAGGCAAAAUCAGUAAAGGCUUGGAGGAUUUAAAACGUGUUGUUCCAACAGGAGAGACAUACAUCCAUGAAGGACUAAAGCUAGCAAAUGAACAAAUUGAGAAAGCAGGAGGCUCAAAAACCUCCAGUAUCGUCAUCGCUCUGACAGAUGGUAAGUUGGACGGUCUGGUGCCAUCAUAUGCAGAGAAAGAGGCAGACUUAUCCAGGUCAUUUGGGGCCAGAGUUUAUUGUGUUGGUGUCCUUGAUUUUGAACAAGCUCAGCUCGAAAGAAUUGCUGAUUCCAAGGAACAAGUUUUUCCUGUCAAAGGUGGAUUUCAGGCUCUUAAAGGAAUAAUUAAUUCUAUACUAGCUCAGUCAUGCACUGAAAUCCUGGAACUGCAGCCCUCAAGUGUAUGUGUGGGGGAGGAAUUUCAAAUUGUUCUGAAGGGAAGAGGAUUCAACUUGGGCAGUCGCAGCGGCAGCGUUCUCUGUACUUACACAGUAAAUGACACCUACACAAAGAAUGUAAAGCCAGUAAGUGUGGAGCUUAAUUCUAUGCUUUGUCCUGCACCUACCCUGAAUAAAGUUGGAGAAACACUUGAUGUUUCAGUGAGCUUUAAUGGAGGAAAAUCUGUCAUCUCGAGCUCACUGAUAGUCACAGCCACAGAAUGUUCUAGUGGAAUUGCAGCCAUCAUCGUCAUUUUGGUGUUGCUGCUGCUCCUGGGCAUCGGCUUGAUGUGGUGGUUCUGGCCCCUUUGCUGCAAAGUGGUCAUCAAGGAUCCUCCUCCACCACCACCCCCUGCACCAAAAGAGGAGGAAGAAGAACCUCUGCCUAACAAGAAAUGGCCAACUGUGGAUGCUUCUUAUUAUGGCGGUCGAGGGGUUGGAGGAAUUAAAAGAAUGGAGGUUCGCUGGGGUGAUAAAGGAUCUACUGAGGAAGGUGCAAGGCUAGAGAAAGCCAAAAAUGCCGUGGUGACUAUUCCCGAAGAAACAGAGGAACCCGUCAGGCCCAGGCCACCUCGACCCAAACCCAUCCACCAGCCUCCUCAGACGAAGUGGUACACACCAAUUAAGGGCCGGCUCGAUGCGCUCUGGGCUUUGCUGCGGCGGCAGUACGACCGGGUUUCCUUGAUGCGACCUCAGGAAGGAGACGAGGUUAGAAUGUGGGGAUGUGUUGGGAAAGAGCUGACGGCUUGGGUCCGUUUAAUGAAAGUAGUGAAAUAAUAAUAAAAAAGAAUUGAAAGUCCCAUUACACUUGAGGAAAGAAUUAUCAUCUCAUGCAAAUUCCUAUUACAUAGGGUGCUUAUUCAAUUAUUAUCUAUUGUUGGAAUACAUCUUGAAGAUGCAGUUUGACACAAGUCCCUUUUCAAAUAAUACAUUAAAAAUCACGGUCUAUUGUUCACAUGCUUUAAUAAGCACACUCGUUGCUUCAGCCUUUGACUUGGACGACAUCACCUUCUGAGCUUUACCUAGUGAGUGGACAGACUAGGGAUAGGAAUAGAAGUCUUUCUCCAGCAUAUACUAACAAUGAGGCCUGGAGAACAGGCCUCAGAACCUCCACUUCUUUCAGUAUAACUUUGUUACUUUCCUACCUCCAACAGUUGAUGGAAUCUAAUUUCUUGAAUAUAUGAAAGUGCCCUUAAAAGUAUUAUAGAAAUAUUUACAUUUACACAUAUGUAUUAAAUAGCUAUAAAUAUACACGUGUGUGUGUGUGUGUGUGUGUGUGCAUUUUUUCUACUGAGGAAUCCUUUUUGAAGCUUUUUGUUUUUGGAAAUUUGUGUAGAAUUACCCCAAUUUUAUAAUUUGUUUGAAAUAUUAGCCUUAUUUCCUGUUAUGCCAAUGUAAGAAAAAUUAGUUAAAACCUUUUGAUGUGAAACAAUGACAAGUUUGGCUUAGAAACACCCCAGUGAUGGUGAUAAUAACAGGAUCUCUUCAUUAUGUGUCAGCAUUGGGUUCAUUCAGGUCCUACAGGCUGUUUUUUUUUUUUUUUUUUUUAAGGAGGAAAUAAUUGAUGAGAUGCAUAUUUAUUUUACAGUGCCAAGCUGUUAUAUUUAGUGUUAUAUGAAUCUAUGUUGGUUUUUAAAUUAUGAAAACAUCUAAAUCUUAAAAUUUUACUUCUAUGAAUUGAGGGUAGUAUUAAAACCAUCUGAGUUAGGAAAUUCAACUUGAGAAAAUAUUCCUGGAAUAUUCCCAGCAGAUCACUUACCCUUUGCUAGGACCACAGGUAGACAGAACCAGGUGGUUCAUGAAGCAGCCUCUUUCAUUGCCAGACUAUUGUGGUUAACAGAAUGUACCCAUAUUUAGUGAACUCUGUGCCCUUGUUAAAUGCUUGCAUCACUUGGAGUUCUGCUUCUGCAACAACAUAUCACCACUCCACUUACCCUUCUAUAUACUAGACUUUUACUUUAUGCUUUAAAGUAGUUUUCAUGACAUCUUAAUUUUAUACCAUCUUAGUUUUCUCUCCUUCAUGUUAGACAUUAGUUCAUUUGUUCAAUAAUUUUCACCUUUUUAAGUGUUGUGAAUUGCUAACACUGAAGAUGUAUUGGCCAGUAAAAACAGACAAUGGUUCCAGCACUCUUGCCAAUACUUUAUAUAUUCUUUUAACUCUCAUAAUUCACAUUUAUUUUUUUGGUCUUUCAACAUUCCUACUACUAUUGAUUUAAUUUAAUAAUUUUUGUAUUAUAAAUAUGUACAAAUAAUGGCAUCAGGUAAUACUAAGGGUGGGGUGGGGUGGAGAGUGAUACAAACUAUAGCCUUCGUCCUUAAGAAACCUGAAAUUUGUUUGGGAAACAAGACAUAUAUAAAAAUAAUGUUUUUUCCAGAAUGUGAUCUGGGCCAUAGUGUAGGUAGGUAUCAAGUGCUCUUGAGUGCAUUCAGCAAGAGAGAUUAACUGUUUUUGGAUGAAUUUGGGAAUGCUUCUUCAAAAACAUAGGCCUUAUAUCUUUGAAAAUAGGUAGGAUUUCCUCAGGUGGAGUUACAUAGAAUGAGCAUUUCCACUGAUGAAGCAUCAUGAGCAAAGUCUCUGAGGCGGCCAAGAAUACAGUGAUUUGUGGAUUACUAGGUAGUCUGGAGGUUGGGGGUUAAAACCAGAAUAGGUUGGGAACAGAACAGAUCUUUGAAUUUGGGUAAGUUGAUACAUUUGGAUUUUAAAAUGAUUCAUUACUCUUGUUCAUUCAACAAUAUUUAUAUAGUGCCUAAUAUGUACCAAGAACCUUGUUAAGACACCAAAUAAAUGUAGCAUUCUUCUUAAAUUAUAGUGCUGGAAUAUGCCACAUAUUGUCCAAAAGGUGAAAUUAGUGUUUAUUUUUCCAUGGUGAAAGACUAAUGCUUCCAUUAUUUUACUAAGAUUUCAUUUGGUUUUUAGUAAUUGGGCACACUUUCAUUUAAUAUAGUCCUAAAGUCUUCUAUUCUAACUCUUAAGGUCAAAUUGUUUCAAAAUU